GCACGCUAAUAAGCAUUAGCAUACAGAACACACACUAAUCGACAAGCAAAGUCUCACUUGGUCAUCAUCUUCUUCAUCAUCAGUCGCUUCUUGCUAGCUCAUAGGGGCUUGCGACCAUGGCGGUGACGGUGCAGGUCACGCGCCGGGCGGUGCUGAGGCCCCCGCCCGCGAGCGCCCGCGGCGGCGGCAGGAAGUCCCCGCUCAUGGCCUUCGACCGCGCCUCCACGGACGGCUACAUCCCGGCCGUCUUCGCCUGGAACGCGCCGGCGCCAGACAACGCAGCGCUCGUGGACGGUCUGCUCGCGGCCGUCGCCAGGUACCCGCACCUCGCGGGGCGGUUCGGCGUCGACGACCGCGGCAAGAAGUGCUUCCACCUCAACGACGCCGGGGUGCUCGUCGUCGAGGCCCAGGCCGACGCGGACCUUGCCGACGCGCUGGCGCACGACGUCGCCGCGCACAUCAACGAGCUCUACCCAAAAGCUGACAAGGAACGUGCCGACGAGCCGAUCUUCCAGGCGCAGCUCACGCGGUACAGGUGCGGCGGCCUGGUGAUCGGCACGGCGUGCCAGCACCUCGUCGCCGACGGCCAGUCCAUGAGCUUCUUCUACACCUCAUGGGCCACCGCCGUGCGCACCUCCUCGGCGACCCUUCCGUCGCCCUUCACCGACCGCGAGACCAUCGCCGUGCCCCGCAGCCCACCUGCACCCAAGUUCGACCACCGAAACAUCGAGUUCCGGGGCCAGCACAGCCCGAGCCACUCCUACCCCGUGCUCCCCAUGGACCGGAUCAAGAACCUCGCGUGCCACUUCCCGGAUGAGUUCAUCGCCGGCCUCAAGGCCCGCGUCGGCGGGCGGUGCAGCACGUUCCAGUGCCUCCUGGCGCACGCGUGGAAGAAGGUGACGGCGGCGCGGGACCUGGCGCCGGAGGAGUUCACGCAGAUACGUGUCGCCGUGAACUGCCGCGGCCGGGCCGACCCGCCGGUGCCCAUGGAGUACUUCGGCAACAUGGUGCUGUGGGCGUUCCCGCGGAUGCGGGCCCGGGAGGUGCUGUCGUCGAACUACGCCGCCGUGGUCGGCGCCAUCCGCGACGCCGUGGCGCGCGUCGACGCCGAGUACAUCCAGUCCUUCGUGGACUUCGGCGAGGCGGCGGAACGCGCCGGGGAGGAGCUGGCGUCGACGGCCGCGGGCCUGGGCACGGCCUUCUGCCCGGACCUGGAGGUGGACAGCUGGCUGGGGUUCAGGUUCCACGACCUCGACUUCGGGCAGGGGCCACCGUGCGCGUUCCUGCCGCCGGAGCUGCCCAUCGAGGGGCUCAUGAUCAUGGUGCCAUCGUGCGCGGCCAAGGGCGGCGUCGACCUCUUCAUGGCUCUCGACGCUGAGCACGUCGAUGCCUUCAAGCAGAUCUGCUACUCCAUGGACUGACCAUGCACGCCCUCGCUCAUGCAUGCCCAAGUACUAGCUAUAUAGUGUAUGGUAUGAGUAUAUAUGCAUGGUAUAUAUAUAUAUAGUAUAUGUGUACAACCAAAAUGUUUGCAAGGAUUUGUGACUAAAUGUGCAACUAUAUAUAUGCACAUGUACACGUACGACGCGACAGUGCUAGGACGUAUGGUGCAUGUCAAAGGAUAAACAACGGAUGUCGCUUUGAUGUGCUUCAGUCUCGUAUGCAGUUUGUCAUAUGCAUAUUGCUAUUCUGGAAGGUGAUUAUUGCUAAAUA